AUGUCGGCUCCAGAGAUCUACCGGAAAGUUACAUCGGUGCAAAGGGGCAGGCCGAUGCCUGUGGAUGGCAUCGUGACGAACGGAAGCACUGCACCGGACCGGCCGAAGGUGCAGGAUGUGCCGGACGACGAGGUUCUCAAUGACAUCAGCUGCGCGGCUGCAAAGCCAGCCCAAGUCAUGGGAUUUACAGUGCUUCUAGAACUUCGAAGUGAGCUGCACCAGAUGCACAUAAGAACGGGCAAGCUAGACCUAUCUGGAGAGGACAUGGCCGAGGAGAUGCUGGCUGGCUGCCCAGCUUUAUCUUUCCAUGCUCGGUUGAGACGAGAGAGUGGCACAUCGCAGUGGCAUGAUAUCAUAUCGCAGGUGAAGACGAUCAAAGCUGUGGGCAAAAUCGGGGGCAUCAAGGGGCUGAUGCCAACCCGAACUUCGACUUUGCCGAUUAACGAGAUCAACCUCAGCGGCAACUCCCUUCUAACUCCACCAUCGCCGACGGAGCAUACUGCAGCAGUCAAGGCAAACUUGAAGCGCCGAGCAGAAACGGUGCAGCUGAUAGUGCAGUUCGUUCGAGUCUCAACAGAGGCACGCACGGUCAUCUUCGAUAACUGCAACCUGGAAGGCUACAGUCAUGACAAGGACGACCUGGUCGAGCUUGAGAUAGUACGGCUGGUGAAGAAGUUCGGAGCCGGAAAGAACUCGAGGUAUGCCGAGAAAGUUUCCCUGGCUGGCAACCGCUUCGGCCAAGAGUUCUGCCGGCGCAUCAUUGAAGGUGCCUACUGGGAACGCAACCGACAUCCCGACAGAGAGACCAUGCCAAAGCUUUUCUUGGAUUUGUCCAAGAAUCGCAUUCCGCACCCGGAACGAAUCGUGGACGAGCUGAAGGAGGGGAAAACAGCUGGGGGACCCAUGAGCCUGGCGACCACAACCGACCCGGAAGAUGUUCGCAAGGAUGCGCUCAUCGUUCUGGACAUUACGGCGAACUCUGUGGAACCUUGUCGCGCUGUCACUCUUGAGGAAAUGGCAUCCCAGGGAGCCACACUCCAGAACUACAACAAUGAGCUGGUGAAGUCCAUCGAAGAUUUGCGCGAGAAGCGUGAAGAACUGAACCGCCAAAUCCUGAAGGAAGAGGAGGACAAGGCAAAGGUACAGAAAGAGCUGUCGAUUCUUACGGAUCGCUUGCAGAAGGUCAACGAAAGCUUGGUCCGCAAGACCCAAGCUCGCAACGAGUAUGACAAGACCAUCCAGGAGACCGAGGCUGCGUACAUGAAGAUCUUGGAGUCUUCGCAGACCCUCUUGCAUGUGCUGAAGCGUGAGACCGUCAACUUGACCAAGAAGAAGCAGGGCUCAGAUUGA